GUGAGCCGCGUGCGGAAUCGAUCGUCGCGUGCGUGGGGAAGAGGCCGCCGCCUGCGUCAUGGGCCGUGAGUGGCAAAUGUGGACUCACGCGCAGGCUUCCCCUCUCGGGAUAACAGCAGCAGCUCCCGUGCCAACAUGGACGAGGCACCGCCAUUUCACGGCGCCUUCACGAAGGACUUUCUUUAUGAACUGCACCGGCACCAGCCUCACAGGUUUAGGUUCAUGACCAAGUUCAAUGCCAAGAGCGCCUCGUGGAAAGAUUUCGAGCUCGUCGUGCUCGACGGCGAGCUCCGGGACUUCGCACGAUGCGUGCACUGUAAAAACUUUGUGUCGUACUCCAGCAAGAAAGGCACCGGCAGCAUGCUCCGGCACCGGUGUCACGCCAAAGAAGUCUACUUCACCGAGGAACAGAACAGAUUCCGCGAGAUGGAGCUCUACCUGCGUGGUACCGCGCCCCACCAGCUUACAUUCCAGGGAAUAGCCAACAACUCCACGACGUUUCUGCCCAGAAUUAAAGUGGAAGUUCCUGAUACCGCUGUUUCCCCUGAAGCACGAGGCAUCGACUUAUCUGAUGAGGCUCCGCUGGACGCCAGAUUAAGACCUUCCGUGGACGUCGACCAUCACUGUAAAAAUUCUCAACCUUCGUUGCACACCAACGGCGAAGUUGAAGAAAUUGUGGCCAGUGUUGAGCUAGCCGACGACAGUAAUUGCUUGCCAGACGAAGAAGACCGUGUGCCACCUGGACAGGCGUUUGUGCAACAUGAACUAGCGGAACUGCAGAGGAUACAUGCCGAGGAAGAGCAUCGUCUGAAAGUAGAACUGCUCAAAAAGCAACAUUCGGUUGCCGAUUUGCAGCGAAGAUACUGGAGGUUGAAGUUGAAGUUGCUAAGUCAGAAAUCACUUAAUAGUGAGAAAACGGCCAAUGAUGAGUCCGAGUCAGAUUGAGUGCAUAGUACAGUCUCUUCCCUUAUUUCUCUUUCUUUUUUUGCAAUGAGGCCGUCUGGCUGGUGUGAUUACGACGCUAUAGUCAGGUGAUGUCCCAGAACGGCGGGACGUACCACAAUACUAAGGUCAUCAAGUGGGGUAGUUGGUCGGGGUACAACAUGCUUAAAAGGAGCACAAACAACUCAGAGUAAAGAAACGGCAGUACAACGGCGUAGGUCUAACCUUUGUAGGUUGGAUGUUCCGACAGUAGUAGAUCCGACAGUUAGGUCCCACAGCCUUAGUAAUCGACAGGGCAAGCAGUUGUCCUGUCGUUCCCUUAGUCUGCGACGUUUGGUGCGUUGUUAUACCACAAUACAUGGGAAUCAUCUAGCCAUGCGGGGUCUGCUAAGGGGUUUUGCUUCGGGGAACAAACGGAUAUUCCCUGGAAGCGGAGUUUCUAGUCCUACAGGGUGGAUGGGGAGUAUACGGCAGCUCGUCAUCUCUGGGCUCUACACAAGUAAUAUCUUUCGUAUAGUACGAAAGACAACUUACACGCGUUUUAUGGCAAAUUCGAAGACAUGCGUUUCAGGCAGCCUUUGACGUUGUAAUGACUCGUUCAUUUACAGGAGUUGGACAAAAUGACUCGGCCACCUCUAUUUGUACAUAGAUAUUGGUUCGAGGAGCAUCAAAGUGAACUUACACAUCAGCCCUGGCCGGCUCAGUCACCAGACAUGAAUAUUAUAGAGUCUGUAUUGGGUAUUCUGGAGAACAGGGUUACGAGUAGAUUCCCACUGCCUGCUUCCACCAAAGAGUCAGCUCCUAUACUGGUUGAAGAGUGGCACAAAAUUGACAUGAAUGUUGUUCAUGAUUGAAACGUAUUUCUCCAUUCCUUGACGUAUUUCAGCUGUAUUAGGUGCGAAAGGGGGUCAUACUCCAUAUUAAGAAAAGAACGUGCGAUGCGUGGUUGGUGUUCGAGUUAUUUUGUCUAACCCCUGUAGUUUCAAACAUUUUCGAGCACUCUGUGCAAGUUCGUGAGCACAGUCUAGGUCGAAUUUACCUGAGAUCUCACAUUUAUCUCAUGUUGUCGCAUCUCUAAGCAUGCGAAGAGAUCCCAGCUGAAAUUUCUUGUACUGCCUAGUUUCCGCGCGGUUCCUAAAAACCUCAGACAGUCUCCGCCACAUGAAGACGCCUGUUGAUGUCCUUCGUUGAAGCAUUACACGCUAUAUUUUAUGCUCAUGGCGAGACUGACAAAUGUUCGUGCACGGCUAAAAUGGUAAUAUGUUUUGUUUGGUAAGCACUCAACUGAAGUACGACAGAUUUAAAAGGGCUGUGACAGUCCUCACCCGGAUACAUUGGAAAUAUGUAAAAAAAAUUAGAGCCCACUUGAACUAGUGAGCCACCAGGUAUUGUAGCAACGCAUCCCGAAAUUAGGGUGUCCUACUAUCGUUGCUGCGUAUACGAAUGGUGACAUUUAGAUUGAGAAAAGAAAAAAGAAGAAGAAGACGAAAGAGGAGGAAAAGAGAGUGGUCCAUGGUACUCCUAUUACUGAAGCCUUAAUUAUGUGGGAACAGUUUCUCAUUGAUGAUAUUCUUUGCUUUUGCGGAACGGAAAUUCGAUUAGAUCACGACAAAAGGAGGCGACCAGUGCAUUUCGCGGAUGAAAAGUGUUUCAUUGACUUCCUGCGAAAAAUGGGCGAAAGGAAUUCUACACGUUGUGCCGGCGAACGGGUGUAAAGCGGCGUGUGCAAAAAUGUGACACGCUAGUCGUAUUUAUGAUCGAUAUGUCGGGGUCAAACGAUUUUUUGUAUGAAAACAUUUGCUAUGUAACUGUAUAACGUGAGCUGUAAGUUUCAUUAGCUUACAGUGGGACGUUUACGACUGCACGCGAUCAAGCGGAUGUGUAUCCAGUUUAUUGUGAUAACAUUUUUGUUACGUUUGCGAUAUAGCAUAAAGAAGUGUCAUGAGAGCGACGACUGCCAGUAUGUUGUGGUGAUAAUUGUGCCAUACGAAACUGUGAUCUGUACAGUGACGUGCAAAGUAUUGCUCAGUAUUUCUACAAAUAAAUGUUACAAUGAAAUAUAUUCA